UAUGAUGCGAUACCAGAUUUACAAAAAGCGGAUCCAGGCCAAACAGAUUGAGUAAUUUUCCUCAUAAUUAUGGCGAAGACUGGUUGACCCCAGAGGCUCAUAAUGCCAUUAUGAGUCAGAACAUUUUAUAACUGGGAAUAUAGACCUGACCCCACAAAGAAGAAUCAACAGCAGAUUAAUCGUUACUUCGAGAAAAAGACUAAAUAAAAUCCUGCACAAAAAGUGCCUUAGCUGCCACCGGCCUAAAGGAAUGGAGCUCUCCAGUGAGUUCCUGAACUCUAGUGAGAUCUUCAGUCACACAAAACAUGAGAAUAACAGAGAGUUUGCAGGCUCUACUUUUAUAAAGUCAGCAUCAGACAGAAGUCUGCACCCUGAUUUCGUAAAGUCAAUGCAAUCCUGAUCGAAAUAUGAGCCAUUUACUCAGAAAUUUAGAGAAAGUCAGUCUAAAUAAGAUCAUACAGCCACCUCUGAAUUACGUCCUUGGCAAAAGUGAUAGUCAAAUAGACCUUAGUAAAAGAGACAUAACUCCUAUAAAUCUCGAAGCUUUAAGAAAAUCUGCAGCUCAUCACCAGUUCAGGAUGAUGAACAAGAAGUUAUGGACUACUUCUAGAUCGUUUAUCGUCUCUACGAAGAGCAGCGGGAAGGAGGUAUCCCAGGAGUACAAGCCGCCUAACCCAGAAAAGAUGCCUCUUCAUGAGCCAUAUCUGGAUCCCAGAACUGAUUUCAGAUUGAGUAAGAAAGAGGUGUACAGCCGUUACUCAAAAUCUCAAAAGAAGAGAAUAUCUAACAAUCGAAAAUUCUAUGAGUCUGAGAAAAUCCCUCGAAAACAACUCAGCUUCAUGAAAAUGACUUCUGAAAACCACAAAACUAACAAAAGUUCUAUUCUAAAGAAGGGGAUCAAAGAUAGUAAUUCCAUGCUGAACCCUAAGGCUUCUGUGACCUCAGGAGUUAUGAUGGAAUCAGGCGAUACUUCCAAAGGAUUUGAAUCCUCGAGAGAUAGCCUAACUGACAAUAAGAAUUACCCCAAGAACAACAACAUGGAUCGCAAAAUAUCUAACUUAGAGAUCUUCAAGAAACUGAAGUCUUCCCAAAUCUCUGAAAGCACGUUUUCUACUAAGAAAACUGGCAUUUUCGCGAUCAAGGUCAAAAGGGUUCAGGAUUCUGCUCCCUCUGAGAAAGACACGCUUAAAGAGAGUAGUAAUAAGCUUGAGAAUGAAAUUAACCACUCUCCUCCGUUACUGUUCAGCCCUUUGAAGCGGAAGAUGUUAAAUGGAACCUCUAAAUUGCAUAAAAUUUCUACCUUCAACGAGGCUAAUAUGAGCCGUAAAUAAAAAGAUAGACUCUUCUCCAACCAAAAAAAUAGCCAUGGCUAAAAUCUUGAGUGGAGAGGACCAAGCUCCAAAUUUAUUGAUGAAUCAUCACUCAAAGUCAAGCAAACCUUCACCGAGAAGUCCUUCUAAGAAACUCUCAAAUAAUUUCUCGAUGUCAAAGAUAGAUUCUUCCAUCUAUUCAACUAGCUCGAAGAAUCUUAAGAAAUAUGACCAAAUAGGGAGAAGCCCGAAUGAAGGAAUAAUCAGGAAGGAAUACAAAUAACUUCUGUGAAACAGAAUCCCCACAAGAAAAAUACCUUAUCAAAAGAAGACUCUCUCCUUUUAUUUCAGAAUGAGUCAAAAAUUACUUUGAAGCUGAGCGUAAUGAGCUGUAACCUAUCUUCCUGAUGAUAGCUAAUCUGUCAGUACAAGAUCCCUGAAAUGAAGAAUUU